UGAGAAGCGCGAGCUGUCACUCGGUUUGACCCUCUCAGCCACCGUAGGCUACGUCAGAUGUAAAUACUGUCUGUUAGCAUUCAGCUAGCUAGCUGUGAAGACAACAUGGCUUUUACUUUGUAUUCUCUCAUCCAAGCAGCGAUUCUGUGCGUCAAUGCGGUCGCUGUGUUGCACGAAGAAAGAUUUCUGAGUAAAAUUGGAUUUGGUGUAGACCAGAGCGUUGGAGGUUUUGGGGAUGAACCGGGCGUCAAAGUGCAGCUGAUGAACCUCAUCCGCUCUGUGAGGACAGUGAUGAGAGUGCCGUUAAUUGCAGUGAAUGCAGUCUGCAUAGUGCUGCUGCUUCUGUUCGGAUGAGGAGGAGGAGACCCCUUCAUCACCUUGGGAAUUCUUCUGCAGAAUCAUCUGAUCUCUUUGACUCACAACGUGUCUCCUGUUGGCCUCAAUAUGAUUGUUAUCACAUAAUAUAAAUGCAUUGGAUAUUUUUUAUGCCAGUUUUAAACAGCACAAUAUUUACAAUUCAGUAUCUGGUUUAUGCCAAGUAGCUUUUUGAUUGUUGGUACAUUCAGAAGAAACAUUCAUAUAUAAAUAACAACAUACAAUGAAAAAAGGUUUCCUUACUCUUCAAAAUGAAGUUACAGUCAAAUCCCAACUACUUGUAAUAGAACAAUAACAUGCUGAAUAAGUAACACAUCGUUCUCUUAAUGGUUUCUUCAAUUUUCAAAGGAUACUGAAUGUAAAAUGUCCAUGAAUUAUAUACUGAAUACCUGUAAUUUAACUCCUGUAUACAUGCUGUGAUUGUUGGAAUGCUCAAAAUCAAAGAGUUUUUAAAGACUUUCACAAAACA